GUUUUGACGUUUCGGGGUAAUGUUUGAGUGUGUGCCUGUAUGUAUGUAUGUUUUUUGUGUGAAAUCGCCAUUUUGUGUUUCAGGGCGAUGUGAAUACGGACCAACGAAACAAGGGAAAAAAGGUUCGGCGAAACUAGAGCAUACACCCUUAAAAUCCCAACUCUGCCUGCUCUAGCCGCGGCGGAAGUGGGAAGCGUUGUGCGUAUCGUGACGACAACCACCAUCAGCUUCAAAAGCUCGAUUUUUGCGCAACGGAUUAGUGUGCUCGACAAAUACCAAUAAUUGCCCCCGGGGAUCGCGGCCGAAUCGUCGAAUGAUCGAUUCAUUAGUGUAUCCAGUAUGUGUGUGCCUAGUACCGCGGCCAUCGGUUAAGGAAUUUUAAAUGUCUCGAAGAAGGAAGUGUUUCAACAGCAGCAUCUCUUUCUUAAUAUCACCUUACCCCAAGCACACGGUGGGUUGGUGAGCUAGUGUUUUAAUGUGUUUAAUGUGUAAAGAUAAACGGUUACGGAAGUGUAAGUGUGAAGCGAAAGCAACUACGACCGCUAGAUUUAUUGCGGGCAAGAUUGAAGAAACAGAAAAACGCCCAAGCCCCAGUGACGGUGAGGCUUGCUCGGGUGGUGUUGUGAGUGCGAACAGAACACGCCGGUGCGCAUUCGCGUAACGCGGGUGGCGACAGUGGUGCGACGAUGAGGCCGGGAAGCCUAAAAGACCCCGAGAUAGCAGAACUCUUCAACAAACAUGACCCGGAAAAGAUAUUCGAGGAUUUGCGCGAGAUCGGGCACGGUUCGUUCGGUGCGGUGUACUACGCCAAAUGCAACCUUACGCCCGAGAUCGUCGCGAUCAAGAAGAUGUCCUACAUGGGCAAACAGAGCAUGGAAAAGUGGCAGGACAUCCUGAAGGAGAUCCGGUUCCUGAGGCAGCUCAACCACCCGAACACGAUCGAGUACAAGGGAUGCUACCUGCACGAAAACACGGCCUGGCUGGUGAUGGAGUACUGCGUCGGGUCGGCGUCGGACAUUAUCGAGGUGCACAAGCGCCCGCUGAAGGAGGACGAAAUCUCCGCCAUCUGUGAUGGUGUGCUGCGUGGGCUGAGCUACCUGCACGGGCUCGGUCGUAUCCAUCGUGACAUCAAGGCUGGCAACAUUUUGCUCACCGAGCAGGGCAUCGUCAAGCUGGCCGAUUUCGGUAGCGCCGCCAUCAAGUGUCCGGCGAACAGUUUCGUCGGUACACCCUACUGGAUGGCGCCGGAAGUGAUCCUGGCGAUGGACGAGGGCCAGUACGAUGGGAAGGUGGAUGUGUGGUCGCUGGGCAUCACCUGUAUCGAGCUGGCGGAGCGCAAACCUCCGUACUUUAACAUGAACGCCAUGUCCGCGCUGUACCACAUCGCGCAGAACGAUGCACCGUCGCUGCAGGCCCAGGAGUGGUCGGAUAUGUUUCGUAAUUUCGUUGAUUUUUGUCUCAAAAAGUCACCGAUCGAUCGGCCCACGUCCACGCAGCUGCUGAAGCACACGUUCGUCACGAGGGUACGGUCACCGAACGUGUUGAUCGAUUUGAUUGCUCGAACGAAAGCCGCCGUCAGGGAGCUGGACAAUCUGAACUAUCGCAAGAUGAAGAAGAUCCUGAUGGUGGAUUGCGAGACGGAGAGCAACAUCGGCGACGCGGAGGACACGCCGGACGAGCAGAUCGGUGGGGACAGCAGCAAGAGCAACAGCAUCACCUCCGAACACUCACUGCCAUCGGUCGAUCAGCAGCAGCAGCAGCAGCAGCAGCAGCACAGCGGGCUGAUGAGGAACUCGUCCCGAUCCCGGCCGGCCAACGCGAUGUCCUCGAUUCACAACAAUUCGUCCGGCGGCGGCAAUGUGCGCGACAGUAUGCUGUCGAACGUGAUGCUGGCCGGCAUGGGUGGCAGCGGUUCGGGCAGCAGUGGCAGUGGCAUGAUGAUGGCAAGCGGUAUGGGUGGUAUGGGCGGCACGAGUGGAAUGCAGGUGGGCAGUGCGGGUGCCGUCGGUGCCGGUGGACAGGCGAACAUGGGUGCUAACAUGGGCUACCACCACCAUCACAACUCCUCUAGUCCGGUCGUGUCGGCCCACCAUCACCCGCAGCACAACCACAAUCACGUGUCGCAGGUGGCGGCCAAUGCCGUUGCCGAUCACGGUGCCAACAACUUCGCUACGAUCCGUACGACCAGUAUUGUGACGAAGCAGCAGAAGGAACACAUGCAGGAGGAAAUGCACGAGCAAAUGUCGGGCUACAAGCGUAUGCGGCGGGAGCAUCAGGCCGCGCUGGUGAAGCUGGAGGAGAAGUGCAAGGUGGAGAUGGAGCAGCACAAGUCCGCCCUGGACAAGGAGUACGAUCUGUUGCUGCACAACUUUACCCGGGAGCUGGACAAACAAUCGGCAAAACAUCAGCAAGAGAUUGUGCGAAGGGUUAAGCAGAAUGACGCGGCAGAGAAGAAGCUGCACAAGGAAAUAUCGACCCGGCAGGAGGGCGACCGGAAAGCGUUCGAAAUCCAUCGAAAGAAGGAGUACAAGGCGAACAAGGAGCGCUGGAAACGGGAGCUCUCGAUGGACGACACGACGCCCAAGCGGCAGCGGGAUGCAACGUUGCAAUCGCAAAAGGACAACCUGAAGCAGGCGGAGCAGCAGGAGGAACAGCGGUUGCUGCGGGUACAGAAGAACUACAUCGAGCUGGAGAUGCGCAAGUUCCGCAGGAAAAAGAUGGGACUGCUGCACGAUCUCGAGGAUCAGCUGUUGCGUGACGAGCUCAGCAAGAAGCAGCAACAGCUGGAGCAGGCACACGCCAUGCUAAUCAAACACCACGAAAAAACUCAAGAUCUCGAGUAUCGCCAGCAGAAGAGCGUGCAUGCACUUAGAGAGGAGCAGAUAUCAAAACAGCAUGAAAGCGAACUGCGAAACCAAAAGGAGUACAUGGACAGGGCCGAGCGAGAGUUGUUACGAAGACACGCACUCGAAUUGAAACAGCAACCAAAGAGCCUGAAGCAAAAAGAACUCCAGAUUAGGAAACAGUUCCGUGAGACGUGUAAAACACAAACAAUCCAGUAUAAGGCACUGAAGCGGCAGAUACUGCAGACGACACCGAAGGAAGAACAAAAGGCUGUGAUAAAGCAACUGAAGGAAGAGCAACAUCGUAAGUUAACACUGCUCGGUGAUCAGUACGAACAAAGUAUUGCUGACAUGCUGCAGAAGCAGAGCCUUCGGUUGGACGAGAGCCAGGAGGUCGAGUGCCACCAGCUGAAGGAUCGGUUACAGUACGAGCUGGACAUACUGACCGCUUACCAGAGCAAGAAUCGCAUGCAGGCGCAAGCGCAACGCGACCGCGAGCGCAAGGAGUUGGAGGAUCGGGUCAGCGUGAGACGGGCGCUGCUCGAGAGCAAGAUGGAAACUGAGCUGCAGCAGUUCAAUCAGGAGCGUGCCGAGCGGAUCCGCCAGCUGAAGGAGAAACACGACAAGCAGCUUGAGGCGUUUGACGAAGAAUCUGCCCGGAUGGGCUUCAGCGCACUGGCCUUAGCGGAAGCAUCGAAAGAAACGUACCCGGACGAGGAGGGCAGCCUGUCCGGAUCGAUGCUGAGCCUGGCGCACAGUAACAGUUCCACCAGCUUCCCGGCUGGUUCGCUAUAGCAUAAGUCCGCCAGAUGGAUGACCCUGUCGAGUCAGCAUUCGAUGUAAGCAAAGCGCCGGCGGCCUCCCUUUUUCCGCGUCCGGAACGGCUCACCAGGAGAGUGUGUGUGUGUUUAGGAAGAGAGAGAGAGAGAGUGGGACGUUUCGAGAUGAGAUGGCCGCCACACACCACACGGUUAGACUGAUGAUAUAGGAUCAAUCAAUUUGGAGUGAUGGUUUCGUUCGGGCAUGCAAUCGAAAGUUUGCAAUCAAUCCAUUGUUCUGCGUGCACCUGGGUGCACCAAACCCCCCCACACACACGCACACGCACACGCACUGCUAGCUGUAUGUGUGUGUGUGGUGUGUUUUUUGACAUUUUGAUAAAUGUACUCGCGUAUGGUUUUCUUCUUUUCUUUUUUUUUAAAUGUACGUUUGUUGCUUUCCCUCGUUUGUUCUGUGUUACCAUGCGCGCACUGUAGGCACCAGCCCCACCCACACAUCAAUAUUCGGUUUUGAGCUUUAAUAAUUGUAUCGUUAAGACGACAGUCACGACUACCGACUACUACCGCGAAUGUUUCGGUUUUGCUUUUAGUUUUUGUUUUAUUUCGGGCCCGAGUCAGCCCCCGAGAGACGCCGGCGGGGAGAGGGGGGGGGGGGGGGUGGUUAGGGUGGUUUGUCUUAGGAAAUUGUUAAAUAUUUGGAAACAAACAAAAAGCAACCGUGACCAUACUGUAGCUGGAUUUUUUUUCGUUAAUUUUUUCGCACCUGUUGUGUUGUGACCGAGAUCGCCCCCCCCCUCCCCCCCCACCCCCGUAGAGCUACCUACCAUACCGCCGAAAGAAUGUCUAGUCAACGUGCUCUAAUUGAAACCUUUUCUUCUAUCUUAUCGUCGUGCUAAAUUACAACAAAAUACACCCUAAAGCACACUAAAUUAAACACAAAAAAAACGAAAAAAAAAGCUAAAAAUACUCAACACAACCUAUUACUACUACUACUACUUCUACUACUACUAUUGAAUGCUUCUUAAGCAGCAAGGAGCCAGGCCCAACCGACCGACUUCCUUCCCCCAUUCGUUACUAUUCUAAACGAAGCUGUAAGCGCCUUUCUUGCGCGAGCGAGAAGAUGAUUUAUUGUAAGUUUUUUUUUCUGUUUCGACUGCGUCUGAGGAAAAGCAAACAAUCGUCAUCACCAGACGGAAAAGCUCUGCGUUGAGGCCAAAUUGUUGGACAAAUAGUAGUUAAAAUCAAUCCUAUAACGACAAGAUAUUAUAACUGCAUAUUCGCGUGCUGAUAGAUUAUUGUAACGAAAAGUAGAACGUUGAUUUGUUUUUAUUUUAGUUAUCGUUUUUCCUUUCUUUUCUUUUGCUUCUAAAUUCGGCGGUAAACACACACACACACACAACACACGUUCGUUACGUUAUUAAGUUAAAUGUAUAUAGCAUUGAGUACCGAUAUUAUGGGCGUAGGUAGUAUGGUGGUGUGUGUGUCUCUCUUUUAAGUCCCGAUAGACAAAAACCAUGAGGAUUCGAUGAAUUCGAACACAGUACCCCGAAUCGAGUCACACAGACCCAACCGUGAAACCGGAACUGGAAAGCUGGUGUGAAGCUUCGCGGAGCACGGGAAGGAGGAAAGGCAGAGUGCGGAAAGUGAUACGAUAAAAGGAAAAGGAAGGCAUACCUAGGUAUAUGAAUGUGGCACCGUGUGGCAGAAAACGCGAAAUGUCUGUGUGUGUGUGAAUUAAAGGUGAAUUUCUAUCGGUCAGGGGGAUGGUGCAUUUAUAAGAUUAUACAGACACGAAAUUAUGUAGCACACACACGCACACUAUAAUCACCAAUAUCUCUUAUAAUGGCAAACAUCCUUUUGCGCAGCCUUGGCAGAUCUGAAACCACAGACACAGAAGCAAGUCAAUCAUAAUGCUGGGGGGAGGGGGGCGAACGGGCGAACGAAACACAACAAUAUGAAACAGCGAACAGACAAAGCAAGUAAUUGAUUAAGAAGCAGCAGAUUAAGUGGUGCGAACCAGAUAGAAGGACAUCCUUUAGACAAUAUAAUGCGACCACACGACCGUAGUGACCGGUGGUCGAUAGUGUAGCCGAUUGAAUGAAUUGGUGGCCGUUUAAAGGGAGGCUAUAGCAAACAAAUGGGAGAGUAGGAGGGGGUGCAUAUGUAAGUACUAAUUACAGUUGCGUCGCAGGCUUAGUAACAGAAAAAGAAGGGAAAGCGGGAAAAUGGGAGGCAACGUUUAUCAACACCCCCCCCCUGCAAUUGCUUGCAGUUCUCUCACAUCUUUCUUCUUUAAAUCUACCACCAGAGAAGCGGUGAAGGGCACGGUUGAAGCACGAGAAUCAUUGGGUGCGCUUACCCGGCUGCUGCUGCUUUCCCUUUAAACCCGCUAACAACCGUACGUAGCGUAGCAGUAGUAGUAGUAGUAGUAGUAGUAAGUAUCGUUCAUCUUUCUAAUGCUUGUGGAGCGAAAAAGACAGCAGCAGCCAAUCAAUCAGUUGCACUCCACCCGCCACUGUUUCACGCUAUUCAAGUCGGAAAGCGGGAUGGAUGGGUCGGGCUGUGGGAUAAGCCCCGCGUAAAGGUAGACGCGAACGAACAACACCCUUAUUAACAAUAUAAACUAAGUAAGAAUAAUCAACUAUUAGUAUGGAUAUUAGCGAUGCAAAGGGGAAAGGUAAGAAGCGGAACAAGAACGGAACUACACUUGUGGUGUAGUUGAUUCGUGUGUGUGUGUGUUUUUUUUAAAUAUAAAUCCAUUGCUUUAGCGAACAAAGUAUAAGCGCGCAGAGUAGCGUUAACGUAAGUACGUAGCUAAAGACAAAAAUUGCAAGCCCAAGGGGGCGGCAGGCAAGACCAUGGCCAGGUUGGUGAUAUAUGGUGGUAAGGGAGCAACAGAACGGCAGAAAAAAGGGAAAAUGUUUAGAUGCCUCACACAUGCACACCACCACAAUUUUUACCGCAGCAAAAGCGUGAUGAACAAAAUAUAGAAAAGGGGGGGAAGAAAAAGGCAUAAUAAUUAUAGCAGCAGAAGCAGCAAGCAAAUAAACAAUCUAAUAGAAGUAAAGGAAAGCAAAAGCCCAGUAGAAGCGAACGCCUCCGCCAUCGCGCCGCGUUUAAUUAUAAUAUAGCUGAGAAAACAGAACAAAAAAAGGAAACUCACACACACACACGCAAACGGAAGCUUGUGACGUUUUUGUAGCAGAAAUAAUUUAAAAAAAAAAGUAACGAUAACGCUAAUCAUAAUAAUGCUACCAAUACUCUAAGGGGCGGGAACCGAAAUAACCAAAACAAGUCGAACGGGAAGAAGUGAGAACAUCGACAGCUAAUAAAAAUGUUUCACGACGCUAUAACAAACACACACACCGGCAAACAACCAACAACACAGCAUAACACAUGAGUGACACUCUCUCCUUAUUGCACUAUAAAGAAGGAGGUCCCUUUCACUACCUAACUAGCGCACGCUUGUGUAUGUAAGGCACGAUUGGGGACACGCACACACACACGUACGAUACGUGUACGAUUCUUUAAAGCAUUUUAUCUAGGAUACAGUGAGGGAGGAAGGGGGGGGAGGGGCAUACUACUAAGAACUGCUCGAAUACCACUACCAACGAACGAACGAGGGGGGCGGGAUUCAAAAUGACAGUUAGAAGCAACGUCAACAGAAUGAACAGCAACGCUACUAAUAUAAUCGAAUCGUAUUAACUAACCUUUUUUUUGUUGCUGUACUUUUCAACCGUUUGGGUGUGCGUGUUCGCGUAACGGACAAUACAAUUUAUUCGUAACUAUAUUCUGCCUGCUUCCCCUCCCCCCUUAAACCUGCCCCGUUUUGUAGUAAGCGGAGCGGAGAGCUUUUUCAAAUUGGAAGGCGUUCUAGCUGGUCUCCUUCCAAUGUUUGUGUGUGUGUGUGCUAGAGCAAGGAUAAACAUACGCAAGCAGCGCUCCCCUCUCCCCCUCCCCCCCCGCAUACACUACCAGUUCCUGUAUCAUAUUGCGAGGAGGAUCCGUAGGACAGAUGAGAGAGAGAGAGAGAGAGAGAGAGAUCAGAGGCGGCAACACAGUUAGACGAUUCGAUUCGGUUUUGUACAUACGAUUAACUAAUGUGAAUAACAAGCAAGCCAACGAGAGCGAGAACGUGUAGGGUAGGGUAGGGAAGGUGGGUGGCACAGGAUUGCGAAGUGAAGUGUGCAGAGGACGCGCGUCACAUCCAAUUUCAGACAAAUACAUACUCACAAAAUGCGAAACAAUUA